AUAAUAAUAAUUGGGAAGUUGUAGUUGCAAUUUGAAAGUGCAGUGUCUCCUUGUGGUUUUUUUGUCCUUUUUAGAUAAUUACUGUUAUCAAAUUAAAAAUGUGUGGAGGUUUUACAUGUUCCAGAAAUGCCUUGAUUGCUUUGAAUUUACUUUACAUUGUUGUAUCAUUUAUUCUUAUAAGUGUGGCUGCGUAUGGAAUUGUUGCUAGUUUUCUCACCAGCCUGGCCAUUGUUGGAGGCAUUAUAGCAUGUGGUGUCUUUUUGUUCUUACUGUCCCUGAUGGGUUUGAUUGGUGCUGCCAGACACAGUCAAGUUCUAUUGUUUUUUUAUAUGAUUAUUUUAUUUUUGCUGUUUGUGGUACAAUUUAGCCUUGCUUGUGCUUGUCUUGCUUUUAAUGAAGAUCAACAAUACAAAUUGGCCUAUGAAGGUUGGCAUCAAGCUUCUAUGGGACUUAGGAAUGAAACUCAGAUAUAUUUUGAUUGUUGUGGAUUUCAGAAUGCAACUCUGCCUGAACAUGAUCCUAUGCAAGCACCAUCUUGUUCUUCUGUUCCUUUUUGUCAAGAAAGUACAGAAAACAUGAAAAUAUGCGAAGAUAGUGGCGAUACCUGUUGGAUGAAACUCCAGAAAGUCAUUAAUAAUGCUUUAAGAAUCACAGGUGGUGUAGGAUUAUUUUUCAGCUUUACUGAGUUUAUUGGGGUUUGGUUGACCGUACGCUAUCGUAACCAGAAAGAUCCACGCUCUAACCCUCAUGCAUUUUUGUGAAACUAACCUGUCUGUAUCAGAGGUUAUAAGCAUAGGGAUUGCUUACAGGUUUCGGCAACAAAAAGACCCUAAAUUGGAUCCUAGUCUUUUAUUUAUUUAGUUUAUUUUAUCUUUAUUUUUGUUAAAAUUUUGUGAUAUGUGAGAGGAAAUGAUGAUUCCUUGCCAGUUCUAUUCUUCCACGAGUUUUACACAAAAACUUGAGAUUAGAUUUAGUAAUGAGUUUUUUUAAUUAUUUUAAUUUCAGUGCUUGUUACACCUAAUCUUUAGAUUGAGAUUGAUAAAAAAUAUUCUAUUGAAAAUUUUUAAUCAUUUAGCCUUUGAUUAAGAGAUAAAAAUCAAUUUGUGUAAUCAGGUGUAAGAGAAAUUUCAAAAUCAAUUAUAAUCUUGUAUUUAUAGUGUACUAAAAUUUUAUUUAAAAUGAAUAUUUGUAUGUUUUUUAAAUUCACAGAUAUUUUUGGUAGAGUAAAUAAAAUCAAAUAUUAAACACUAAUAUUAUGUCUAUAUUCUAAUUUAUAAAGAAGAAUUUUCACAAUCUAUAAAAGAUAGAAAUUUUAUUUCCUACAAUGCUUUAGAUGGAAGGCCAUUUGAUGAUGAAAAAUUUUUAUAAAUCCAAUCACUAAAAUAAAGGAUUUCUGAAAUUUAGUUUAUAUCAAUAAAAAAUCACUUAUUUUUUUAAAAAUGUUGGAAAUUAAACUAUUCAUCAGAAUUUCUUUCCUUCUUAUUUUUUUUACAAAAGCUUUAUUAAUGCAUUUUAUGCAUGUGUUCAAGAGUAUUUUUAUGUUGCUUUUAUUUACACCACACUGAUGUCUGUCUUGAAUUUUCAAAUUGAAAUAUAUGAUAUAUGUUAAAUGUGCUUUAUGUAAGAUGCCAUUUCGUCAAUAAGACUAUUUUGUAGUAAAUGUACAAUAUUACUAGUCAUAUUAUAUCCUCUCACUGUACAGGCAUUUCUUUUUAUUUAUGUAUAAACCAAAUUUUAAUAAAUACAGACA